AUGAAAUUUAUUGGGUUCAAAAAACCAAUGAACAUUAUACAAAACGUACGUUGUCGUUAUCACCGAAGACAAUCUCAAAGAUGCCCAGCUAAUGGAAAAAUAUUUCAGGAAGAAAAUGAAAUAUUAACAUUACUCUUGCAUACUCCUCAUGACCAUGGUAAAAAACAACUGUUAUUAAUUGAAGAAUUCAGAAAAACACUGAUGAAUCGAUCGAAGAAUGAACAAACCAGUCAUAGGGUCAUAUUUAACGAGGUUUUAGGUAAACAACAAUUUAGAAAUUUAACAGUGUCUUUUAAAAGCUAUAAAAGACAAAUGGCUAGAGCAAAAAAAAAUAAUUUCCCAUCAGAACCAAGAAACAUGGAAGAAUUUCAUCGACAACUUUCUGGAACAUACAAUGUUAAAACAUUAAUUGAUGGAAACCCGUUUUACGUUGGUCGUACAAGUGAUGAAAUAUCAAUUGUAUUUGUUACUCCAAAAAUUAAAGCGCUUUUAAGAUCAGCUACUGAUAUUAUCAUGGAUGGUACAUUCAAAGCAGCGCCAAAAUUGAAUGGAGAAUGUAUACAACUUUUUGUAAUUAUGGGGAUAUCAAUGGAUUGUGGAUUUCCUAUUGUAUAUGCAUUAAUGAGUCGAAAAAACAAAGAAGCAUAUAUUAAUUUAUUCAAAUUUAUAAAAAAUGAAGUAUGUCCUUCUUGGUAUCCCAAAAGCAUAACUGUUGAUUUUGAGCAAGCUUCUAUUGAUGCUAUUAAAAGAGUAUUUCCCCUAACCAAUAUUCAUGGGUGUUGGUUUCACCAUGCUCAGUGUGUGUUUAGGAAUAUUCAAAAAAAAGGUUUGGCUGAACUAUUUCAAGAAAAUCUUGAAGUAAGAGAUUUAGUUCAUAUGCUUAUGGCUUUGCCAUUACUUCCCAGUCAUAAAAUACAUGAGGGUUAUGAUAUAAUUAAGCAAUUUUAUAAUGAAGACCUGAAAGUAAAUCUUAACGUGUUCCAAAGGCAACAGAUGAAAACAAUGUUUAGAUACUAUAAAAACACUUGGAUCACUGGUAACUUUAAUACAAUUUUAUCUGUAAAUGGGCGUGUAAGACGUACCAGCAACCUAUUAGAAGCCAGUCAUCGACAUUUAAUGACACAUAUUAAUGUAUCAAAUCCAUCUCCUUGGAUAUUUUUAGAUAGAUUAAUUACAUAUUGUAGAGGAACAAUACAUGAUUAUUUACUUACUGAAAAUGGAGAAGAAAUACACGACCCACAGGCAAAAAAAUGGAAAACACAAGAUAAAAAAAUAAGAACAGCAACAAAGAAAUUAAAGGAAAUGAGAUUUUCUAUAUUAGACUUUUUAAAAUACACGAAACAUGCAACACCAUCUUUUGGAGUACAACGAUUCGGUGAGAACUAA